GACAGUGUUGACCACUUCACUUGGGCUGGUGAGAAGAAAAUCUCUGAUCAGUGAUCAGUCAUGCAAAAUGGAGUUGGAGCCGGAAAUACCGGAAUGCCCGGUGUGCUUACAGAAUUACGACGGCGAAAACACAAUUCCACGUGUACUCACUUGCGGACACACAACCUGCGAGUCAUGUCUUCUAAAUCUGCCGCAAAAGUACCCGCAAACAAUUCGGUGUCCUUCUUGUAUUCAGCUCGUCAACUUACCAUCUCAAGGCCCAUCUUCUCUUCCCAAAAACAUUGACCUUCUCAGGUUAACAAUCACCGAUCAUAAUCAUACUACAAAAAGACCCUUCAAAGAGAGUCCCAACCAAGUUGAUUCUGUCUCUCCCUUAUGGUCUGAUGAGUUCUAUAUUACAUGGAAGAAGUGGGUUCUUCAAAAUGAUGCUGUUUUGCUUGAGGCAAAAGAAAAAGAUUGUGGCUUUUUGAAGGAUGGUGAUAAAAAGGUGAGACUUUUUAAGGUUGGUGAUUGUGUUUUAGAUGUUAAAGGAAGUGGGUUUGUUUUUAAAGCGAGUUAUGUUGCUAGGAUUAUGAAUUUUUUGUAUAGGUUAAGAGAUGAGGUGAGAGGGGAAUUGAGUUUCAUUUUAGGAAUUUGGUCAAAGUGCUGUAGGGUUUGUAAAGUUUAUGGCUUGUGGGGUGAUUUGGGAGAGGGGUUUUUGUAUUUAGUUUGUGAGAGAUUGAAUGAGUUUGUUUGUUUUGAAAAUGGGUUAAGUAAGGAUGUUUUCUCUAGUUUUGCUCUUAUGGGAAUGGAAAUUUGUGAAGCAAUAAUGGGUUUGCAUUUGGAAGGGUUAUUUUUGGGUUGCUUGAGUCUUACAUGCUUUGAGUUGGAUGCUUUUGGACAUGUACAUUUGAGUUUGAAUGAGAUAUUAUAUACUGGAAGAAUAGUUUACCAGGAUGUUACGGAAGCUUUUUCUGGUGAAAAACUGAUUGGUCUUAAAGAGAUCGGAAAAUUGAUGAGUGAAUUGUUUAAAAGAGAAGCUUUUGUCUGUCCGGAAUUGUUGUUGGAGAUAUUGAAGAAGGAAAAAAUAGAGGUUGAUUGUGGUAGUAGCUUUGGAUCAGCUGCUGGUAGCUCGGAUGUUUGGUCGUUGGCUUGUAUCUUUCUUAGGCUGUUAAUUGGUAGACAAUUUGUUGAAGAGAUGGUUAAAUAUGUGGAUCAUUCUGUUUCGAAAGUGAGUGAAACUGAUAGUUCGGAUUAUGCAGGGGUUUACAAGGGUUUGAUCGAAAAAUCAAUUUCUCUUUUGAAUAGUAAAUUAGGCGAUGAAUUCAAGCCGUUGCAGCAUAUUCUUUGCAGAUGUUUAAAUUUUGAUUCAGACAGUCGGCCAUCUGUGUUUGAUCUUUGGAAAUGUAUUAGGGAGCUAAUUAUUAAGCCUGAGUUUGAUACUCUGCUCAGACUGGAUAAGGGUAUUAAUGUGAAGAAAAAGGGUCAUUUUUUGGUUCUUGGUGAAUUAUCCCUGGAGUCCAAGAAAAGACUGCAAAUACAUGAUAAGGAUGAAGUGCUGGGACCAGAAAACAAUAGUGGAGAAAAUCUAGAUCAACUUGAGGGGGUUAUGUAUAGUAAAGAUUUUUUUGAGGGCCUUUUACUUGGAGAAGUCAAAGUGAAAGACUUGCAAGGCCAUCUUGAUUGUGUUACAGGAUUAGCCAUUGGAGGGGGAUUUCUGUUCAGCUCUUCAUUUGAUAAAUCGGUUCAAGUCUGGUCUUUGCAGGAUUUCUCUCAUGUGCAUACAUUUAAAGGUCACGAGCAUAAAGUCAUGGCUGUAAUUUAUGUUGAUGAAAAAGAACCACUAUGCAUAAGUGCUGACAACGGAGGUGGCAUUAUUCUCUGGAGCAUUACUGUCCCUCUCAGGCAAGAACCAUUAAAGAAAUGGCACGAGGAAAAAGAUUGGCGAUAUAGUGGUAUCCAUGCAUUGACAACAGCUGGAAAUGGGUAUUUGUAUUCCGGAAGUGGAGAUAGGUCAGUUAAAGCAUGGUCAUUGAAGGAUGGAAUCCUAUCAUGCACUAUGGAUGGUCAUAAAUCUGUAGUUUCCGCUUUAGCAGCAAGUGAUGGGGUUCUGUAUAGCGGGAGUUGGGAUGGGACUAUCCGACUGUGGAGUCUAACUGAUCAUAGUCCUUUGACAGUGUUAGGUGAAGACAUGCCGGGAACUAUAGCCUCUGUUUUGUCCCUUGUUGUUCGCCAGAAUAUGUUUGUUGCAGCAUAUGAAAAUGGACAUGUAAAGGUAUGGAGAGACGAUAACUUAAUGAAAUCCAUGCAACUUCAUAAUGGUGCCAUUUUCGCUACUGCUAUGGAGGGGAGAUACAUGUUUACUGGAGGGUGGGACAAAACUGUCCAUGUACAGGAAUUAUCGAGAGAUGAAUUUCAAAUGGAUACCAGACUCAUUGGAUCUAUUCCGGGUGGAGCUGUUGUAACAUCUUUGCUAUACUGGCAAGGAAAGCUUUUUGUCGGUCAUGGUGAUAGAACUAUCAAGGUGAAUUUUAGCAGUUUGACGAAAAGGGUGAGUGAUUUUACGAGCUUGAACUACUGGGUUGUAAAGGAUUACUAUCGUUUAGUGGAGUCUGUUAAUGCUCUCGAGCCGCAAAUUCAGAGGCUUUCUGAUGAUCAGUUGAGUGCUAAAACUGUGGAGUUUAGAAGACGAUUGAGACAGGGAGAGACGUUAGCGGAUAUUCAAGCUGAGGCCUUUGCUGUUGUUCGUGAAGCUGCAAGAAGGAAACUCGGAAUGCGCCAUUUUGAUGUGCAGAUUAUUGGGGGUGCGGUGCUCCAUGAUGGAUCAAUCGCUGAGAUGAAAACAGGGGAGGGAAAAACAUUGGUUUCGACAUUGCCUGCAUAUCUUAAUGCACUGACUGGUGAAGGUGUACAUGUGGUAACUGUGAAUGAUUACCUGGCUCGACGAGAUGCUGAGUGGAUGGGCCGUGUUCAUCGGUUCUUGGGUCUCUCAGUUGGUCUUAUUCAGAAGGGGAUGACUGCUAAAGAGAGAAGAUCCAAUUACCAAUGUGAUAUAACAUACACCAAUAAUUCAGAACUCGGUUUUGAUUAUCUACGAGAUAAUCUUGCUGGAAACAGUGAGCAACUUGUGAUGAGAUGGCCAAAACCAUUUCAUUUUGCAAUAGUUGACGAAGUUGAUUCAGUUCUCAUAGAUGAAGGGAGAAAUCCAUUGCUGAUAAGCGGUGAGGCUAACAAAGAUGCUGCAAGAUAUCCAGUUGCUGCUAAAGUGGCUGAACUACUUGUUCGUGGGCUUCAUUACAAUGUAGAGCUUAAAGAUAAUUCAGUGGAGUUGACUGAGGAAGGAAUAUUACUUGCCGAAAUGGCUCUUGAAACAAAUGAUCUGUGGGAUGAGAAUGAUCCUUGGGCAAAAUUUGUGCUUAAUGCUUUGAAAGCUAAAGAGUUCUAUCGCCGAGAUGUUCAGUAUAUUGUUAGAAAUGGGAAGGCUCUCAUAAUAAAUGAGUUAACAGGAAGAGUUGAAGAAAGAAGACGAUGGUCUGAUGGAAUACACCAGGCUGUAGAGGCUAAAGAAAGUUUGAAGAUUCAAGCUGAUUCAGUUGUUGUGGCACAAAUUACAUACCAAUCACUGUUUAAGCUUUACCCAAAGCUAUCUGGAAUGACUGGGACUGCAAAAACUGAGGAAAAGGAAUUUUUGAAAAUGUUCCAAAUACCAGUUAUCGAAGUUCCCACAAAUUUACCAAAUAUCCGUGAAGAUUUGCCUAUACAAGCUUUUGCGACUGCUCAUGGAAAAUGGGAGUAUGUCAGGCAAGAAAUUGAAUACAUGUUUAGGCAGGGCCGUCCUGUUUUAGUUGGGACCACCAGUGUUGAGAAUUCAGAAUAUCUGUCUGACCUGCUUAAGCAAUGGAAUAUCCCUCAUAAUGUUCUGAAUGCACGACCCAAGUAUGCUGCAAGGGAAGCUGAAAUUAUUGCCCAAGCAGGGAGAAAAUAUGCCAUUACUAUCUCGACAAAUAUGGCUGGCAGAGGCACUGAUAUCAUUCUUGGGGGAAACCCAAAAAUGCUUGCCCAAGAAAUUGUCGAAGAAAGUGUACUGACUUUUCUAACGCGUGAAGUUCCUGAUGUUGAAGUUGAUGGCGAGACAAGUUUGCAACAGGUGAUGUUAAAGAAAAAGAUUGGAUCAGCAGCAUUAGGACUGUUGGAAAAGGCUACACUAAUGGCUAAAUAUGUUGGCAAAAGUGAGGGUAAGAAGUGGACAUACCAGGAGGCAAAAUCGAUGAUAUCAGAAUCUGUGGAAAUGAGCCAGUCAAUGGAUGUAAACAAGCUUCAGAAUGCUGUUAACGAGGAGUCUGAAAUGUAUCCACUUGGCCCAACUAUAGCUCUUGCUUAUUUAUCACUAGUGAAGGAUUGCGAAGUGCAUUGUUUCAAUGAAGGGUCUGAAGUGAAGAGGCUUGGGGGGCUACAUGUGAUCGGUACAUCGUUACAUGAAUCUCGGAGAAUAGAUAACCAGCUUCGUGGAAGAGCAGGAAGGCAAGGGGAUCUUGGAUCAACACGAUUUAUGGUUAGUUUGCAGGAUGAAAUGUUUCAAAAGUUUAAUUUUGAUACUGAGUGGGCCGUCAAACUCAUCUCAAGGAUUAAUAAUGAUGAGGAUGUACCAAUUGAAGGUGGUGCAAUUGUAAAACAGCUUUUAGCACUACAAAUCAAUGCUGAAAAGUACUUCUUUGGCAUAAGAAAGAGCCUGGUUGAGUUUGAUGAAGUAUUAGAGGUACAAAGGAAACAUGUUUACGACAUUAGGCAGUUGAUUUUAACGGGUGAUGAUGAAAAUUGUUCCCGACACAUAUCACAAUACAUGCAGGCGGUAGUGGAUGAAGUCAUCUUUGGCAAUGCCGAUCCCAUAAAGCAUCCAAGGAGCUGGAGUUUGGAUAAGCUUUUGAGGGAUUUUAUCUUUAUUGGGGGAAAGCUUGUGCAGAACUCAUUUGCAGAGAUCACCGAGGAAGCGUUACUGAAAUCUCUUCUACAACUUCAUGAAUCAAGUGCUAUAGAUAUCAAUGAGUUUUACCUUCCAAACUUGCCAAAGCCUCCAAAUGCUUUUCGAGGAAUCCGCAGGAAGUGUUAUUCAUUAAAGCGCUGGCUUACUAUUUGCUCUGAUGAAUUGACCAAUAACGGCGGAUACCGGACAGCUGUCAAUCUUCUUCGCAAGUACCUUGGAGAUUUUCUUAUUGCUUCAUAUUGGAAUGCUGUACAAGAAUCUGGUUAUGAUGAUGCGUAUAUCAAGGAAAUUGAGAGGGCAGUGCUUCUGAACACCCUUGACUGUUUCUGGAGAGAUCAUCUUAUAAACAUGAACAGGCUCAAUUCAGCGGUAAAUGUAAGAAGUUUUGGGCACAGGAAUCCUCUUGAAGAAUACAAAAUUGACGGGUGUCGAUUUUUCAUUUCGAUGUUGAGUGCAACUCGAAGACUAACUGUUGAAACCCUACUGCAGUACUGGUCAUCUCCUAUGGAGUCCCAAGAAAUCUUUGAAAGAUAAAUGCUGAUCAGUCAUCAUGCGCAAGAUGGAGCCAGUCAUUUGAGCUAGUGUGCAGUUGAAGCCAGUCACUCGAACUACACUGCGUGGUACUACAAUAUUAAAGCUAGUCACUCAAACAUACGUUAUUAUCAGCCAUCCACAUUUUUUAGAGUCUGCAUCAGUAAUUUAUACACAUUGUGUGUAUUGAGAGUUGACAUCCGUUAGAAAAAUUGUCACGAAUUUGGUAGUACAAAUAGUUGGCGGUUACCAUUUGUAUUAUGUAAUCUAAAAGAUUCAAUCAACAACAAAAAAUUUAUCUCUUUUAAA